UAUCUCCGUUUUUCCAAGUUGAUCUCAUCUAGACAACCGUGACAUCGUGGGAACUCUCCUUCCUUUCAACGGGUUGAGAUUUUUAAAGGAUUUCAAGUCAUUAUACAGAGAGCUCAAUGAUUCAUCAUUAGCUUGAAAUAAUGAAUUUACAAUGAAAAGUGAAUUAUUUCGUUGACGUUCAACGGGCGAAGUAUUCGACGUGGGUGAUACUUUGAUAUCUACAACAUAAACAACGGUUAGCACUUAUUACCGUGACGAACUUACGACUCGUAGAGUUUAAGAAGUGCCAAUGCUACUGCGUUAUUGAUAAAAAGGGUGUUAAUUAAGAUAAGAGGUCAGAGAUAAGAUCUUGUACCUCACACCUUCAUGUGAUACCUGUGAAGAUACGUAUUUGUGAUGAGUAGAACCCAGUGAAAUAACAUAUAACAAAGAGCUGCAUUAUGUCAGUGAUAUAGUGUCUGUUGACGUUGAAAAGUGAGAAAAAGGAAUGGCAUUAAAAUUAUUAUAAAAAACAGAAAUUCCCAAAAACGCCUAAGACUCCGUGGGAUUUUUACAGAUGUUUAAUUUAGCGAGUGCUGAGCUACUGAGAUCUUAGCUAUGUAACCGAUCACAGCCUUGACCUGCAACUCGGUCCUAAGAUCUGCGUGAACUUUCUUCUAUCAGCGUUUCGUCUAAGACAGCAAUAUCCAAGAUGUACGCGCUGACACCCAUGAGCCGCCUGGCCAUGAUAGCCGGAGGCGUCGGCAUCGUUGCCGUGGCGAUUGUAAUCGUUGUGUGUGUCGUCGGGCCCGGAUGCUGGCUCAACAAUAUGCUCCUGAACGAGGAGGAACGACGCCGAAGGGAGAAGGAGCGGCAGAGCAUCUACGCCACGGAGGCCCCGACCCUCAAGCUGACGACUUACUCGGGCAAGACCCCGGAGGGCCCCCCGACGUAUCCGGAUCUGCCCCUCACACACACACCGGGCCAAACACCGACGCACACCAAGUACACAUAUAUCAGCCCUUUGCACACAGGCAGCGCGGAGACCAACGCCCUCCUGGGGGCGCUCUCCUCCAAGAGGGACUCCACGUACUCCUCCAUGUCUGAAUACAGCGGAAGGACUUCGCCUACCAACUCCUGUAGGAGCAGCGUUGGGGACAGCGUUGGCAGUGGCGUUGGCAGUCCCGUUGGAGGAGACGCCCAGGGACAACUCAGCUUCGGGAUCCAAUAUGUGGCCAACGGGCAGGAUACCAACACCGGAAAAUUAAUCAUCUCUGUUAUGGAAGCCCACGGCCUACCAGGGAAGGAAUACCUAGGCACCGCCUGCGACGCCUACGUCAAGGUGGUCAUCUGGAAGGAGCGCCGUUCUUUGCGUAAACAGAAAUCACCUCCUCUGCAUAACUUCAAGACCAGGACAAUUCGUCACACCCACGACCCCGCUUUCAACCAGUCCUUCGUCGUCGAGACAAACAAGACCCAGCUAAAGGAACUGGUCGUGAAACUUGUUGUGAUGGACGCCGACAAGUGGGCCAGCCCUACUACCGUUGGGGAGGUCAUCCAGCCCCUCAGGGACAUUAAAAAUCUGGCUACCAUCGACCAUAAAACGACACUAAACUAUUUCGUGGCGUCCCCCAAGUUGGACUUCGGGGAAGUGUUAUUCGGCCUGAGCUACCUUCCAACGGCGCAGCGUCUCUCUGUGUCCGUCAUCAAAGCCAGCAACCUCAAGUAUACCAACGUCGUGGAGGAUAUUAAUGAUUUCUGUCCAUACAUCCGGGUUCUUCUGAUCAGCGGUUCCGGUCGUGUCCUGAAGAAGAAGAAGACCACCUGGAGACCUGGAACGGCAUCGCCGGUCUGGAACGAGACUCUUAUCUUUGACUUGCCCCAGUCUCAGGUCGAACAUGUCACUUUCCUGCUGGUGAUGUGCACCAGGCCGCGCGUCGCCCUGACCCCGACGGCUUCGGACGCCUCCAGAGCCCCCGAUGACCAUCCAGAGGAAAAUCCCGGUGACCUGAGCUCUCCUCUCCACGACCUGAGUCACAACAAGAAGCAGGACAGAUACGUGGGCAAGCUGGCUCUCGGGUGCCACGUUAAAGGAGAUGAGCAGAGGCGACACUGGCUGUCCAUUAUGGCAGCGCCGAGGAAAGUGGUGUCCAAGUGGCACGCCCUCAAGUAAGACAAGUGUAGUCCGGGUGGCACUCUUGUCAAAUACGGGAAUUGGCGUCCUGGGGCACUCGUUGAGAUCAAGGAAGGGAUGGCGGCGACGUGGCACUCUUUCAAAAGGAUGGGAUGUCUGGGAAACAUUCUUCACGAGUAAAGGAAAGUGGUUUUCAAGUGCCCCUUACUCUCGUAACGAAGUUGUUUCCAAGUGCUACUUUGUCCUAUAACGAAGUAGGGUCUCCAACUACCACUUUCUCAUAUAACGUAGUGGUGUCCCAGAGCCACUUUCUCAUAUAGAGGAGUGGUGUCCAAGUGCCACUUUCUCUUCUAGCAAAAUGGUGUCCCAAGUCACUUUCUCAUAAAACGAAGUGGUCUCCAACUGCUACUUUCUCAUAUAGCGAAGUGGUGUCCAAGUGCCACCUUCUCGUAUAAAAUAGUGGUGUCCAACUGCCACUUUCUCAUAUAACGAAGUGGUGUCCAAGUCCCACUUUUCCCUAUAUAGAAUUGGUGUUCAAACGCCACUUUAUCAAAUAAAGGAAGUGAUAUCCAUAGGAUUCCCACAAAUAUGGAAAGCGGUGUCCUUUGGCACAAAUUUUCAAGGAUCGAUCUUUCAAUCUUAGAAGGAACUGAAGCUUUAUCAUGAAGGAAGCUCUACUUAAAACAGUGAAGCUUUAUCAUAAAAAAACGAAUACUAAACGUGCAUAAAUUAUUCUUUUUGGCCGCUUGAAUAAUAUAUGCUUUGUCUGUCCGUGAAGUGUUGGUGGGUCAACCAUUGAUAAGAUUUUUCGUCAGACUAAACUUAACCGCACAAAUUAAGCUAAAUUUUAUGCCACAACAAAAUAGUGUAAUAAAUAAAAUAAAUUAGCUAGAGAGGGUAAACACUAAUAUAUAUAUAUAUAUAUAUAUAUAUAUAUAUAUAUAUAUAUAUAUAUAUAUAUAUAUAUAUAUAUAUAUAUUCAAAACUUGUCUAGAUAUACGUAUUUGCCUGCAUACACCUACAUAUUUACGUGCAAGCAUGCACUCUACAUAUACAUACGCACAC